AUGGCUGAGGCGUCGCCGCAGCCCGGACGGUACUUCUGCCACUGCUGCUCGGUCGAGAUCGUACCGCGUCUGCCGGAUUACAUCUGCCCACGAUGUGAGUCUGGUUUCAUCGAGGAGCUGCCAGAAGAGACCAGGAGUACAGAGAACGGUUCCGCUCCCUCUACAGCCCCCACAGACCAAAGCAGGCAGCCAUUUGAGAACGUGGACCAACACCUCUUCACGCUGCCGCAGGGCUACGGGCAGUUUGCUUUCGGCAUCUUUGAUGACAGCUUUGAGAUCCCCACGUUCCCCCCAGGGGCGCUGGCCGACAAUGGCAGAGACCCCGAGAGCCGGCGGGAGAGAGAGCAGCAGUCCCGGCACCGGUAUGGCGCCCGGCAGCCACGAGCCCGCCUCACUGCGAGGAGGGCCACCGGCCGGCAUGAAGGCGUCCCCACGUUAGAAGGGAUCAUCCAGCAGUUGGUCAAUGGCAUCAUCACUCCAGCCACCAUCCCCAAUCUGGGCCUGGGCCCCUGGGGUGUCCUGCACUCAAACCCGAUGGACUAUGCCUGGGGAGCCAACGGGCUGGAUGCGAUCAUCACGCAGCUCCUCAAUCAGUUUGAAAACACAGGCCCCCCACCCGCAGACAAAGAGAAAAUCCAGGCCCUCCCCACCGUCACUGUCACCGAGGAACACGUAGGCUCUGGGCUGGAGUGCCCUGUAUGCAAAGACGACUACGAGCUGGGUGAGCGUGUGCGGCAGCUGCCCUGCAACCACCUCUUCCAUGAUGGCUGCAUUGUGCCCUGGCUGGAGCAGCACGACAGCUGCCCUGUCUGCCGAAAAAGCCUCACAGGACAGAACACGGCCACCAACCCCCCAGGCCUGACCGCGGUGAGCUUCUCCUCCUCCUCCUCGUCGUCCUCCUCCAGCUCGCCCAGCAAUGAGAACCCAGCAAGCAACUCCUGA